CAGCUUUACGAUCGGUGACGCUCGAGACACAUGACUGGAACUUUCUUUUUCCUCCCGUGGAAAAUGGCGGCUUGGACUUUCCAGGACAAAUGAGGAAAGCUGGAAAAAGUAGAAGUUGAGGAAGUUUAAGCCACAACAAUGACGCGUUGGGUCCCAACCAAGAAAGAAAAAUAUGGAGUCGCUAUAUACAAUUAUGACUCCAAGGUGGAAAUGGAACUUUCUCUACAGAUUGGUGAUACAGUGCACAUACUGGAAACCUACGAAGGGUGGUAUAGAGGAUACACACAUAGGCGCAAAGCCAGAAGGGGUAUUUUUCCAGCUACAUAUAUUCAACUCAAAGAAGCAACAGUUGAAGGCAAAGGGCAACAUGAAACUGUUACACCAAAUGAUCUUCCACUGGUUCAGGAAGUUACUACAACCCUUCGAGAAUGGUCAAGUAUAUGGCGGCAUUUGUAUGUUAGUAAUAACCAAGAGAUGUUCAGCCGAGUUAGGAACAUGAUGUAUGAUCUUAUUGAAUGGCGAUCACAGAUACUUUCUGGAACACUCCCGCAAGAUGAGCUGAAGGAACUGAAGCAGAAAGUCACUGCCAAAAUAGAUUACGGCAACAGAAUCCUUGACCUGGAUCUGGUGGUUCGCGAUGAAGAUGGCAAUAUUUUAGAUCCUGAUCAAACUAGCACCAUCAGUCUGUUUAGAGCUCAUGAGGUGGCAUUAAAAAGAAUAGAAGAAAGAAUCCAGGAGGAAAAGUCUCAGAAACACAAUAUUGACAUAAACAGACAAGCGAAGUUUGCUACUACACCUUCUUUCAGUCUGUUUGUAACUCUGAAGAAUGUUGUCUGCAAAAUAGGGGAAGACGCUGAAGUAUUGAUGUCUUUAUAUGACCCGAUUAAGUCCAAGUUUAUUAGUGAAAACUACCUAGUUCGAUGGGCAAGUUCAGGCCUUCCUAAAGACAUAGACCGGCUAAACAACCUAAAAGCUGUAUUUACAGAUCUUGGCAGUAAAGACCUUAAAAGAGAAAAAAUUAGCUUUGUGUGCCAGAUUGUCAGAGUGGGUCGCAUGGAGCUGAAGGACAAUAACACCAGGAAAUUUACAACAGGAUUGAGAAGACCCUUUGGAGUUGCUGUUAUGGAUGUCACUGACAUAAUUACAGGGAAAAUUGAUGAUGAGGACAAACAACAUUUCAUUCCAUUCCAACCGGUAGCAGGGGAGAAUGAUUUCCUUCAGACUGUGAUCAAUAAAGUCAUUGCUGCCAAGGAAAUAAACCACAAGGGUCAAGGUUUGUGGGCUACAAUGAAACUGCUCUUAGGGGAUGUUCAUCAGAUCCGAAAAGAUUUUCCCCACCUUGUUGACAGAACCACAGCAGUUGCAAGGAAAAUGGGUUUUCCUGAAAUAAUAAUGCCUGGGGAUGUUCGUAAUGACAUCUAUGUUACACUGUUGCAAGGAGAGUUUGACAAAGGUAAUAAAACAACAUCCAAAAAUGUGGAAGUCACAAUGAUGGUGUAUGAUGAAGAAGGCAAGCGUUUGGAGAACGUAAUUUUUCCUGGUGCAGGAGAUGAAGGUAUCUCUGAAUAUAAAUCUGUUAUUUACUAUCAAGUAAAACAACCCCGAUGGUUUGAGACUGUAAAGGUGGCAAUCCCGAUUGAAGAUGUAAAUCGGAGUCAUUUAAGAUUCACGUUCCGACAUCGAUCAUCUCAGGAUUCUAAAGACAAAUCUGAAAAGAUAUUUGCAUUAGCAUUUGUGAAAUUAAUGAGGGCUGAUGGAACAACGCUGAAAGAUGGAGAACAUGAUCUUAUUGUAUACAAGUGGGAUGCCAAAAAGCUGGAAGAUGCAUCACUGUAUUUAAAUCUAGUCGCAACUAAACCAGAACUUGAGGAAAAAGGCUACACUGGGAAAAAUAUGCACGGUUCUGGAAAUUUAGCCAUCAGCAAAGACUCUUUUCAGAUUUCCACUUUGGUUUGUUCAACAAAACUCACACAGAAUGUGGACCUCUUGGGACUUCUGAAAUGGCGGUCAAACACAAAUUUGCUGCAGCAGAAUUUGAGGCAGUUGAUGAAAGUGGAUGGAGAGGAGGUUGUUAAGUUUUUGCAAGAUACACUUGAUGCACUUUUUAAUAUCAUGAUGGAGAAUUCUGACAGUGACACCUUUGACACAUUAGUUUUUGAUUCUUUGGUAUUUAUAAUUGGACUGAUUGCUGAUAGAAAAUUCCAGCAUUUCAACCCUGUUCUUGAAACAUACAUCAAAAAGCACUUUAGCGCAACUUUGGCUUACACGAAGCUCACCACUGUUUUGAAAAACUACGUGGACAACUCGGAGAAACCUAGCGUGACAGACCAACUGUUCAAAGCAAUGAAAUCCUUAGAAUAUGUCUUCAAGUUCAUCGUUCGUUCAAGAAUACUCUUUAAUCAAUUAUAUGAAGAUAAAGGUGAAAGUGACUUUAUGGAUUCUUUGAGACAGUUGUUCAGAUCAAUUAAUGACAUGAUGAGCAGCACUUCAGAUCAAACAGUAAUAGUUAAGGGAGCAGCUCUGAAGUAUCUUCCAACAAUUGUCAAUGAUGUGAAGCUGGUGUUUGAUUCCAAAGAACUUAGCAAAUUAUUUACAGACUUCAUUCACAAUGUUCCACCGGGUAGACUUGUGCGUCAGAAGCUUUACUGUUUAAUAGAAAUUGUACACAGUGACCUCUUCACUCAGCAUGAAUGCAGAGACAUCCUUCUACCUAUGAUGACAGACCAGCUGAAGUAUCAUCUAGAAAAGCAAGAGGAGCUGGAAGCUUGCUGCCAUUUGCUUAGCAAUAUCCUUGAAGUACUCUACAGGAAAGAUGGGGAGACGGACCCAGAGUCUAUAAAAGUGAGGCAAAGCGGCAUCAACUUCAUGGACCCUAUACAGAUUACAGAGGAGGAGGUGUUUGCUGUCCUGAGGCAAACCAGGGUGGAUAAAUCCCAAGGGCCUGACAAGGUGCUCCCUCGGACCCUACGGGAGGGACCAACACAGCGACAUGUCCAGAUAAUAAUGGAGAAGCUGCUGAGAACUGUAAACAGGACAGUCAUCUCCAUGGGACGUGAUUCUGAUUUAAUAGGGAACUUUGUUGCUUGUAUGACUGCCAUCCUUAGGCAGAUGGAAGAUUAUCAUUAUGCCAAUUUAAUCAAGACCUACGGGAGUAUGCGAUCAGAUGUUGUGGAUUUCCUGAUGGAGACAUUCAUCAUGUUCAAAGAUCUUAUUGGAAAGAAUGUUUACCUUCCUGACUGGGUUAUAAUGAAUAUGAUGCAGAAUAAAGUCUUCUUGCGUGCAAUAAAUCAGUAUGCAGAUAUGUUGAACAAGAAAUUUCUUGAUCAAACUAACUUUGAACUACAGUUAUGGAACAACUACUUUCACCUGGCUGUUGCUUUUCUCACUCAAGAAUCACUUCAGGUGGAGAACUUCUCCAGUGCAAAACGUGCAAAAAUAAUCAGCAAAUAUGGUGACAUGAGAAGACAAAUUGGAUUUGAGAUUAGAGACAUGUGGUAUAACCUUGGUCAACACAAAAUCAAAUUUAUCCCGGAAAUGGUGGGUCCAAUCUUGGAGAUGACCCUUAUUCCAGAAACAGAACUGAGAAAAGCCACAAUUGCAAUAUUUUUUGACAUGAUGCAAUGUGAAUUUCACUCAACAAGAAGUUUCCAGAUGUUUGAAAAUGAGAUCAUCACCAAGCUUGAUCAUGAAGUGGAAGGAGGCAGAGGGGAUGAGCAGUACAAGGUGUUGUUUGAGAAGAUCCUUCUGGAACAUUGUCGAAAGCACAAGUACCUUGCUAGGAGCGGAGAAAAUUUUGUCAUGCUAGUCGUCAGACUUAUGGAGAGGCUUUUGGAUUACAGAACAAUUAUGCAUGACGAAAACAAAGAAAACCGAAUGAGCUGUACAGUUAAUGUAUUGAACUUUUACAAAGAAAUUGAAAGAGAAGAAAUGUACAUCAGAUAUCUGUACAAGCUGUGUGAUCUGCACAAAGAAUGUGAUAACUACACUGAAGCUGCCUACACAUUACUACUUAAUGCAAAGCUGCUUAAGUGGUCUGAAGAGCCAUGUGCAGCUCACCUGAAUCAGAGAGAUGGCUAUCAAGCUCAAACUCAAGGACAGUUGAAAGAACAGCUUUACCACGAGAUUAUUCAUUACUUCGAUAAAGGAAAGAUGUGGGAAGAGGCCAUUUCUUUAGGCAAAGAACUGGCAGAACAAUAUGAAAAUGAAUUGUUUGAUUACGAACAACUCAGUGAAUUGCUGCAAAAACAAGCUCAGUUCUAUGAGAACAUUGUCAGAGUGAUACGAGCAAAACCAGAUUACUUUGCUGUUGGAUAUUAUGGUCAAGGCUUUCCUUCAUUUAUUAGGAACAAGAUGUUCAUUUACAGAGGAAAAGAAUAUGAGAGACGUGAAGACUUUGAAGCAAGACUUUUCACCAUUUUUCCCAAUGCUGAAAAAAUGAAGACAACUUCUCCUCCAAGUGAUGACAUUAAAAAUUCUUCUGGGCAGUAUAUUCAGUGUUUCACAGUGCAAACCAUACGUGAAUUACCACCAAAGUUCAAGAACAAGACUGUCUCAGAGCAAAUUUUAAGUUUUUACACUGUGAAUGAAGUGCAACGAUUCCAGUAUUCAAGACCAGUCAGGAAAGGAGAGAAAGAUCCAGACAAUGAAUUUGCUAAUAUGUGGAUUGAAAGAACCACUUAUGUGACAGCAUACAAAUUACCUGGCAUUCUGCGAUGGUUUGAAGUAAUUUCUGAUUCAAUGGUUGAGAUAAGUCCUUUGGAGAAUGCAAUAGAAACAAUGCAAUUAACAAAUGAAAAGAUCAAUAACAUGGUUCAACAGCACAUGAAUGAUCCAAACUUGCCUAUUAAUCCUCUCUCCAUGUUGCUGAAUGGAAUUGUGGAUCCUGCAGUAAUGGGAGGUUUCACUAAUUAUGAAAAGGCAUUUUUCACUGAAAAAUACAUGCAAGAACACACUGAAGACCAUGAAAAGAUUGAAAAGCUCAAAGACCUGAUAGCAUGGCAGAUCCCAUUCCUUAGUGAGGGUGUCCGAAUUCACGGUGAGAAGGUAACAGAAGCAUUGCGGCCUUUCCAUGAGAGGUUGGAAACCUGCUUCAAACAGUUGAAAGAAAAAGUGGAGAAGCAAUAUGGAGUCAAAACUUUGGCUGAGACUCUGGAUGAACGCAGAGGAAGUCGGCCUCGUUCAAUGGUACGUUCCUUCACAAUGCCAUCAACUCCAAGACCUCUGUCUGUUGCAUCAGUCUCCUCCAUGUCAUCUGACAGUACCCCGUCCAGGCCAGGUUCUGAUGGAUUUAUUCUAGAGCCUCUUCUCCCAAAGAAGAUGCAUUCAAGAUCUCAGGAUAAAUUGGAUAAGGAUGAUUUUGACAGGGAUAAGCGAGAGAAAAAGAAAGAGAAAAGGAACAGCAAACACCAAGAAAUGUUUGACAAAGAACUUAAAGCAACUGAUACUUCCAGCCAAUCUACAGAAGCAGUGAUUCUCUCUGAAACGAUCAGUCCAUUACGACCACAAAGACCAAAGAGCCAAGUGAUUAAUAUACUGGCAGCUGAUAGAAGGUUUUCUGCAUCUUCAGCAUCAAAUCCAGGAACUCCCAGAACUAAGUUGUCAUUUGCCUUACAACCUGGCCUGAGUAUGGAGUUGAAUGGUGCUGUUACUUCUGAGCAGACUGGAAUACCGCCUCCUCUUCCCAUCAAAGGCAACACUAGUGAUUAUGGAACUGUGACUGAUAGCCAAGAACUCGCCACGCCAACCACACCCCUCCCUCAAACCAGGGGUCCUCCUCCUCUGCCAAGCAAGACACCACCUCCACCUCCUCCAAAGUCAGCUCGAAGGCAAGCAUCUGUAGAUUCUGGAAUUGUACAAUGAUGCUCUGAUACUGUAUUCACUCCCAAGUCUGGCUCAUAGAAUUCAAUUCCAAAAGGCAGGAAUUUCAGUCAUUUCCAUUCUUUUCUCUUUUCAGCAAAGAAACUGUACUAAAUAAUUUACCCCAUUUUUACAUACGAUGUCAGCAAUUGGAAUUAUUUUCUACAGCAGUAGGAGAAAACCACUUUCUUCACCUACAGAUUCUGUUGCUGUAGUAAAUGUUAACUUUGAGUUAGCUUAUAAACAACUGUAAGUUAGAGUGGAAACUUCUUUUGUGGAAUAAAUAUUGAGAAGAUUGCCAAGUGGAUGACAUUUCUGCCAUUUGUUUGGAAACUGAUUUAAAAUCACUCUUGCAUUAGAAGCACAGGAAUAUAUUACUUGCUUUAUGUUUAAAUAGCUUUUUGACAAUUACUUCAUUCUCAGAUACAGAGAUUUGCUUACUUUCAAAUAAGACGGGUAAAAUGAUCAAAUUUCUGCUUUGUUCAUGGGGUGUAAUCAUUAUGUACAGAAGUUUGUAUAUAUAUAUGAUGCUGAAAAUUUUAAUACUUGUUUUAUGGUGUCAACUUUUCUUACAUUGGCUUAGUAUAAUUCUGCAAAUGAAUUCUUUAUACUAACAGCUUUUAGAUUUUGAAGCUUACCGACUGUAAACUAUUGUAUUUUUUAUUUGCUAAAGAUCAUGUUUUAGAUUUAUUUAAUAGGGUCAAACAUGGGAAAUGGAAUAUGCCAAGUAAUGCUAACUCUUUCUUCAGUUUUUUAAUCUUAAUCAAUUCUGAACCACAAUUUUAACAUUUUCUGUAAUAAUGGUAACCAUGAAUCUAGAUCAUUCAUAAUUCACAACUGACUCUAUAAAUAAAGACAAAAAUAUUAACAGUU